ACUCGUCACCAUCGCGGAUGAGGCCGAUAACCGUGGUGUCAUCUGCAAACUUCAGGAGCUUGACAGUGGGGUCCUUUGCAGUGCAGUCAUUCGUGCACAGGGAGAAGAGCAGUGGAGAGAGAACGCAUCCCUGAGAAGCACCAGUGCUAAUAGUGAGGGUCCUGGACCCAUGUCUCAGAGCAGCCCAUUCCAGCUCAUGCAGACUUUAAGGAAGACUCCGGCUGUUGUCCGGUGCCAUUUCCGCCAGGACCGUGCCCAAACCUUCUCGCACGGCGACCCCCUCUUCAAGGUGCACUACCUUGGUACAGAAAAGAUCUACUCUCUGGAUGUAGAACAGGCUGAGGAGGCCAUAGGCCGGUUGCUAGAGAAAUUGCCAGAUAUGACCACUCUAGGCAAACUGGGCAAGGAGCAUGCUCUUGUUGUUCGACCACGCUAUGUAGAAGUGAAGGAGAUCAGCACAGGCAGGCAACUUACAAAGACCUAUCUAAAGGACAUUGCCUAUUGCGCAGCAGACGCAACCAGGCCCAAUCUUUUCCUCUAUAUCUGUAAGCAGCGAGGCCAACAGCUCCAGUGCAGAGUGUUCUGGUGUAGUAGGCCGGACCGGGCUAAAGAUAUGACUGCCUGUUUAGCCAAAUCCUUCCAGAGAGCUCUGAAUGACUUGCAAGAGGAGGACAGCAAUCACGCUAAAGAAGAAGAAAGCAAGAUGGAUGGAAAGCCAGUUGCAGCCUUGGGACAAGUAAAAAGUUGCACACUACCAGCAGACUUGAACAAAAAAUGAAGGUCGGUGGUAGAGAGAGUAAAAGAGGAGAACCAGUAUAAGCAGCUGAAACACCACUGCAAUCCUUGAGACUUUCUUGAAAGUCUUUGUGAACAGUUACUGCUGACAUCUCUUCUUUGGGAAUGUUUUCAUGAAAAGUCGAUGGAAGUGGAUGAACAAACAUUCCACUUUUGCCCCUAUUUCUGUAAGGACAUAAAAGGCUGUAUUAAUAUGAGAAUAUGGAUGGUCUUAAGUCUGACAGCAACUCUCUGUAUAGUCAAUUAUUGGUGGGUACAAUGAGACAGUUACAUUGGAAUGUCACCAGUGCUUGUAAUGCCACCAAGUGUUUUUCAUGUCAUUAAAAUCUGUUGCAUCAGGAAAGAGCUAAAUAUUACAACACAAGCUUUCCAAGAGUGUCAGCUUUAGUUGCCCAGUAGACUAUUGUAGCUAUUUUUUGAGCUUUCUUAAAAUGUUUUAUUUGAUAUUAUUCUAGUUUUAACAUGUUGCUGUAUAAUUGGUCAAAAUGUUCUUCAUGUACAUUAAUUGGUAGGCCUCCAGGCACUUUGUAAACAGAAAUCUAGACAUGACAAGUUGGUUUACAAAUGUAUUGAUAAAAGUUUUUCACUAUUUCACUAUUCCCUUCA